UUGUUGAAGCGCCUGAAUUCACGCACCGAGCACAUACUAACAUAGGCUAAUUAGAUGAUUUAAUUGUAUUAGGUACUAACACUUCACUGGCGGUUCUAUUCAUUGCAAUACAGUUAUCAUAUCGUCAGCUCCCGUUUUUUAUUAAUAAACCUCCCGGAUACUCCCGAACAUGGUCCUUCGAGCCGGAUGUGAAAUUUGCAUUGUUCUACGUGGAUAUAUAAGAAGAAGUGACGUGCAAUCAAUUAAAAGCGGAGUUAAUUAAAAUUAACAACUGAUUGGAGGUUACCGGCAACGUGGAAGUUGGACAAAUUUUGGAUUUACGUGGUGUUAAGUCUGGACUUAUGAGUGAUUAUCACCCAACACUCUCAUUUAAGGUUGAUACUCUCGUCUGCCAAAAUGACCACCGAAGAGAAGCUAGUUAAGAAACGGAGCAGCUACAAAGGCCGCUUAACUAUGUUUAUUAGUUACCUAGACACGGUAGAAAGUUUAAAAAAUUCCGAUAUUGCUGAAUUGCAAUUGCGUAUAGGUAAGGUGGAAUCAUUGUACGCGCAAUAUGACGAGGUGCAGUUGCAACUUGAAUGUGCAGCUGAUGACAUGCAAUCCCAGUUAAAUGAGCGAUCUAUGUUCGAGUCACAAUAUUACAAAGCGUUGGCCAGAGCUCAGAAUUUAUUAACUAAAUAUAAUAAAAGUAAUAACGAUGAUGCUUGUAGUGAGAAUGUUACCCGAGCUAGCAAUCAUAGGCUUGUUAAAUUACCUACCAUACAACUGCCAAAGUUUAGUGGAUCGUACGAGAACUGGUUGGAGUUUCAUGACACCUUCAGUAGUCUAAUUCACACUAAUGAUGAGAUUGACGAGAUUAACAAGUUUCAUUAUCUACGUGCCUCUCUGGAGGGAUCUGCUGCUGUGGUGAUUCAAUCAUUUGAAUUUUCGGCUAGUAAUUAUGCUGUAGCUUGGAAGGUGCUAUGUGAGCGUUUUGAUAACAAGCGGCUGCUGAUACAAAAUCACGUUUCAGCAUUAUUUAAUAUUGACCCGAUCUCAAGGGAAUCAUCUGUCGUUUUGAAACGUUUGAUAGACAACUUGAACAAAAACCUGCGAGCGUUAGAAUCAUUAGGUGAGCCAGUUAAACAAUGGGACACACUUUUAAUCCAUAUUGUUACGCAUAAAUUGGAUCAAAAAACUUACCGUGAGUGGGAGGAGUGUAAAGGACGUUUAGACCAGAAUAGCUCCAUCACGUUUGAUUUGUUUAUCCAAUUUGUGCGUGGCAGGGCUGACUUAAUCGAGACUUUAGAGAUGUCCCGUAACUUGAAUUCGACGUCACAUAAAUCGAGUUCUAAACUAAAGGCGAUGGUUUCCGUACAGCACACUAACAACAACAAUAACUCCAACACAGACUCAAUUAAAAAUGUUUGCCCAAAAUGCAAUGGUGACCAUAAUUUAUCUAAUUGCACACAAUUUCUUGCACUAAGUAACGAGGCUAGGUAUAACUCACUGCCAAAUUAUAAGGUCUGCUAUAAUUGUUUUAAAAUAGGUCACUACGCGAACCACUGCAAGAAGCCAGGUUGCAAACUGUGUAAACGUAAGCACAACACUCUCGUCCACGUCUCAGAGCCAAAAGUAAGUAAUGCAGUGGCAACUGACAACAUCUGUCAAAGGACCGAAAAACGGUCUGUAUUUGAACCUUCGACGUCUGUUGCUGCCACUGCACCUGCUAGCAUAAAUAAUGUAGCUUUAUCUGCAAACAUCGGUCAUCAACAGCAAGAUGUGCUAUUAUCAACCGCAUUAGUGAUAUUGCUUGAUUGCAACAAUGUCGAACACGUCGCGCGCGCAGUUUUAGACAGCGGAAGCACAUCCAGCUUUAUGACCGAAGAGUUGCACAUGCGACUAAAUCUAGAUGUCGCUCAGAUAGAUAGGUCAAUUAUGGGAAUUAAUAACGUGACUUCUCACGUAGGCAAAAGGUGUCGUGUACACUUAAAAUCUUUAGAUAAAUCUUAUUCUACAGAUCUUCAUUGUUUCGUUUUGCCAUCAAUUACGAGUAAUGUCCCCGGCCGCGAGCUAGAUCUAUCUACUUUACAACUGCCUUCUCAUAUUUGUCUGGCUGACCCUACAUUUUAUAAGCCUGCCGAAGUCGAUAUUUUAAUCGGGGCUGAUCUCUUUUGGGAUUUGUUAGGGUCGCAAAGGAUUAAGUUAGGAACUGGUAGGCCUGUUCUUUGUGAAACUAGGUUAGGAUGGAUUGUUUCAGGUCCUAACACUAGUAAUUAUGCCUCUUUGAUUUCAAGCGAAAUCAAAUGUAACUUCGCUAAAACUGAAUCACAUUAUACUGGUGAGAUGGAUGACAUUAGGCAGGACUUGACGCGGUUCUGGCAGCUAGAGGAAAUUAAUUCCAAGUCAUCGUCAUCACAUUACUCGCCCGAGGAGAAGUUAUGCGAAGAUCAUUUUGUUCAAAAUACGUCUCGUCUUCCUGAUGGACGAUUCUGCGUUCGGAUACCCCUUAAAAACGACCCUGAGUUGUUAGGUGACUCUCUUAAAAGAGCUACACAGUGUCUAUUUUCUUUAGAACGUAGUUUGAAGCGUAAACCUGAGACAAGUCAAAUGUACCACGACUUUCUCACUGAAUAUCAGUUGUUAGGCCAUAUGUCUGAAUGUGAGGGACCUCAUUCCUGCGCUGGAGCCUACUUUAUUCCGCAUCACGGAGUGUUACGUGAGAGCAGCUCCACGACAAAGCUACGCGUCGUGUUCAACGCAAGCAGUCCUACAACUUCAGGCAUUUCAUUUAAUGAUCUACAGAUGGUUGGCCCGGUAGUCCAGGAUGAUUUGCUGUCUAUUUUACUUCGUUUCAGGCAGCAUAAAUACAUUUUAGCAGCUGAUGUGGCGAAAAUGUACAGAUGCAUAGAAGUACAUCCUGAUGACAGAAAUCUACAGCAGAUUGUCUGGCGUGAUAAUUCUAGUAAUCCCAUCACAGCCGUUAAGUUGAAUACUGUCACCUAUGGUACAGCCAGUGCUCCGUUCCUUGCUACGCGCUGCCUUAAACAACUUGGCCUUGAAUGUAACGACAAGAAGAUAGCUGAAAUCAUAUUGCAUGACUUCUACGUCGAUGACUUGCUCACAGGCAGCGAUGAUUUGGAGGAAGCCAAGGCAAUACGUGAAAGCGUUACCACGGUGCUAGCAUCCGCAGGUAUGCAUUGA